AUGGGAGAUUUCGGCUGGGCCACCUUCUCCAAAGCCUCCACCUUCGAGGCUGCCAGCAGCGGAUUGCAGGUCUCCCCUUGUGCCCUGGCGCUGUCGACCAGCGCCAACGCCUGCCUCUCCGAGACCGGCGUCUGGGGGGCGCCAGUGCCGCUGGGCGCGGCGGUCGUCGCCAGGGGCCUGGGUGUGCUGCUCGGCGUCCUCGCGGUGCUGCUGGUGCAGGUGACCGUCUGCACGUGCCUGGUGUCGGUGCGGAUUGGCCUGUGGGGUCUCUGGAAGACCGCGCCGGCGCCUUCGCGAGCCGAGCGGCAGGAGCAGCUGGCACCCGUCGUGGACGCGCCCGUGCAAGCAGGGGACGUAGUGUUCCUCGACUACGGGGAGGCAGAGGAACCGUGGCAUGAGAGGCUGAUCCUCGCGUCUUUGGGCGGGGCGAGGUACCUGGUGCUGACCCCCGACGAGGACAUGUACGAGGAGGAGAUCGACACGCGCAGCGUGGCCGACUUCCGGCAGGCGGGCCCGCGGGGCGGCUUGCCGGCCGGCCUUGGAGCAGCCAAGGGCCAGCCGGUCUACCGCUUCACGGAGCGGCCGCGCGGCGUUGCUUUGCAGUCGUGGAUCGACGCGGCGGAGGAGCAGGCCGUGGAGCUGCGCGCGGCGCGGGGGCUCGCCGAGGAGCCUGAGCCUCCGCCCUUGGCUGACGGGGGCGCGCCCUCGGGGGCGGGCGCCGCGGGCUCCGGCUCGACUGGCGAGCGGGCCGACUGGGUUUGCGUGGUCCCCGAGGGCGACGUCAGGCGGGGCGCGGUGCACUCGCUCCCGGACUCGCUCGACACGCCGUCGGAGGACUUCGUGGCGUUCGGGCAGCACGGGCUCUACGACCUGGGCCGCGGCAGGUCGGCGGUCCUGGUCAGGCUGGCGCCGGGCGAGACCGCGGACGAGGCCUUGCGGACCUUCGUGGCGUCCGCGGUGCCGGACGCCGUCGGGGGGACGCGGACGCCGCCACCCGCCGAGGACGCCCGCACGCUGGCCAUCAAGCGGGACGCGGCCGGCCGCCGCUUUCGGGAUCUGAAGAGUGUGUCGGACUCGUCGGAGCAGUGUGAGUUCGAGGACUGGGCGCUGUCGGGCCCCCGCACUGCCUCGUACGUGGUGAAGGAGAUUGCCAAGCAAAGCGGGGGCCCGGUCCAGCGUCACACCACGUGGAAGCACGAGAACAAGCUCAACGAUGACGAGCAUAGCGUGGUGGCCCACGAGAUGCUGUCGGAGAUUUUGGAGUUGGCUUGCACCUACGACCAGGUCGACGUGGCCAACCUGGCGAGCAUGGAGGCGCUCGCGAGGCACCUGCAGUUCCUGGAGCACAAGGUCAAGAAGAAGAAGGAGACGAUCAAGGAUUUCGACUCCCAGGACUACUACCUGGGACGCACCAGGAGGACGGGCGGGGCUAUCAUCAGCCCGGAGCUGCUGAAGUGGGUCGCGGAGUCCGCGGCCCGGGACUCGGCCAUCUUGCCGCUGGAGCGCAUGGUGCCGAGGGAUCUGCUGCCCUUGCCCUUGGUGCCUGUGCCGCCGGCUCGGGGCGCGCGGGCGUUGCCGCGCCGCUCCGCCCAGAGGAUCGGCCGCGGGUCUGCUGUGGGCCGCCGUGUGAACGACUGCAUCGCCGCCCUGAACAACUUGCACGGGGAGGGCGACUUUUGCUCGAAGGCCCGUCCUUCGGAGGCACAAUUUUCUGCCGUGGACAUGCUCUGGCAGGCCGCGUCGGACGACAAGCCGCCGGACGACGCCCCCAGCCCCGAGGCAGCCCUCGUGGAGCUGCUCGGCAUGGGUAGUCUGGGCUAUGGCCCCGACGGCCCCACUGUGGUUGCGCCGUAUGAUCGCGGCUUGGUUUCGUGGCCUGAGUCGGCGGGCUGCGUCAGCUUGCUGGAGGUGCUGCCGGAGCCAGACCGCCAGGAGGUGAUCGACGGUAGGAAUUCGAUGAUGCUUCGCGCUGAAGAGGUUCGCCCAGGCGCCACCAAGGUGUACUGGGAUAAGACCUUGCAAUCCGACACAGACGAGUACCAGCGGUUCGUGCAGGACCUGCUGGCCCGCGACAUGGUGGAGCUGCGGACUCGUCGCGAUUUUGAAGUGGGAGUCUUCUUUGUGAAGAAGAAGUCGGGCCGCCUGAGGCUCAUUGUGGACGCUCGGGCUGUCAACCAGGCGCUGAAGCGGCCGCCGACGAUUCACAUGGCGUCCACCGCGGCGCUAGUGAACAUGGAGGUCGAGGACGGCGCCCAGCUGGAGUUCUCGAUCCAGGACAUCGCGGACUGCUUCUACCAGUUCCGCGUGCCGGACUACAUGGUGCCGUGGUUCGGCAUGCGCCCGCUCAGAGCGAGGCAGCUGGGCGUGAAGGUGGUCGACGGCCUCGCGGUCUCAGAGGGGUCGUGGGUCUACCCGUGCCUGCGGGUGCUGCCCAUGGGCUUCGCGUGGGCCAUGCGCUGGACGCAGCAGGCGCACCGCGAGCUGCUGCGGCGGGGAGGUCUCGGUGGCAUCGAGAACGAGCUGGUGGACAGGCAGAUCGCUCCGAGCGUGGACUCUCCUCAGGUGCCGAGGGUCGUCUACGUGGACAACGAGAUCUUCGUCUCGUCGCGACCGGGCGCCACCCGGGGUGCGAGGAGGCAGGCAGCCAAGGUGAUGACCGAGGCCGGGCUGCCACUGCACGAGGUCGAGGAGAGCAAGACGGUCGUGGAGGCGCUGGACCUGGAGCUGGACGGCCUCAAGCUGCGGGCCCGGCUGGCGCGGGCCAAGCGCUGGAGGCUCGGGCUGGGCACCCAGGAGCUAGCCAACGCGCUGCACCUCAUGCCGCUGCUGGCCGUCCAGUUCGAUCUGCCGUGGUCCGGGCGCGUCACCUGCUCCGAUGCUACGCUGCGCGGCUAUGCGGUGCAGGAGGCCGACGUGGAGCCGCCAGCCGUGCGGGAGGUCGGGCGCUGGCAGCUCUGCUCGAGCGCCCGGGUGAGUGUCUACACGAGCGACCUCUACCUCCUCCUCCGCCGGGGCUCCCAGGUGCUGACCCCAUGGUGCCCCAAGGUUUACAUCAUGUACACCCAGCUCUGCCUCUACGGGUUCCUGAAGGCCUCAGUGGUGCCCCUCGUCGUCAAGUGCUUCGGGAUCUACCUCUGGCUGGGGCUCCUGGGGCCGCCGGGGCCGCUGCUGAGGGCUACUUGGGCGAGGCGGCUGCUGCUGCGCUGGACGCCUGGCGACGCCGGCCCGCUGGAGAGGCCGCCGAGGCUUGCUCGAGCGCUUCCCGAGAGGGAUGCGUUCGCGCGAGCGAUAGAGGCGGCGAGGGCGCGGCCGGUCGGGACUGGUGGACUCACGACGCUGGAGCAGGAGAGCAUCACCCAGAAGACGAGGCAGGACUACGCGAGGAGGCUGGAGCGGUUCGACGUCUUCUGCAAGACCCACGGACUCACCACGGCGAGCGACGUCGAGCUGGAGGAGGCCGUGGUGGAGUACAUGGAGCUGCAGUUCAGCCGGGGGGAGCCGUCGAACAGCGGGGCCAAGCUGCUGGCCGCGAUAGGGCAUCGCGACCCAAGGCUGCACCACGCGGGCAGGCUGCUGAAGCUGCCCCGCGUGGCGAGGGCGCUGCAGGGCUGGCGGAGGCUGGUGCCGCCGCUGACGCGGGCGCCCGCGCCUUGGGCGGCGGUGGCAGCCAUCGCGGUGGCCCUGAUCUACCUCGGCCAGCGACGCGCGGCCCUCGGCGUGGUGCUCGCGGCGGACGCCUACCUGCGCCCAGGGGAGCUGCUGACCCUCAGGGCGGACCACGUGGUGCCGGCGCAGCCGCAUGCCGGGGGGGACUACUGCUUCACGUCCCUGGUGCUGAGGCCCGAGGAGGAGCUGCAGUCCACCAAGACCAGGGGCUUCAACGACUCGAUCCUGCUCGACAGCCCCGCAAGGUCUUUUCUCGGGCCCCUGCUGGAGCAGGUCGCUUUCCAGUCGCAGCCGAUGGAGCUCCUCUUUCCGUGGUCGGGCGCGGCCUUCAAUGCCAUGUUCAAGGAGGCAGCCGCGCUCGUCGGGCUCGAGAGCUGGGAGUUGACGCCGUACAUCCUUCGCCACUCCGGGCCGUCUCACGAUUGGCUCAUCAAGGCAAGGAGCUUGGAGGCCAUCAAGCGCCGAGGCCGCUGGGCGUCCGACCUCAGCGUCAGGCGCUACGAGAAGGGCUCCAGGGUGAUGCGCCGCCUGGCCUCGCUCGACCGCGGCCGGCAGCUGCUGCUGGCCGAGGCCGACCGACUGCUCGAGGGCGCCCUGAAGGACGGGCGCAUCAACGGCUUCGCGCGGCUGCUCCAGGACGUGGGCCUCGGGUGA